GGAGGCAAGGCCUCGUAAAAAACGCCAUAAAAUAAAAGUCAAAACUCUGGUUCUCUUCCAGCCAGCAAUAGUCCGUAGUAGGGUUUGAUUAGAAUGAAAAUGGCAUAUGAGGCCAUCCUGGAGGGUUUGACACUGAUUCCCCUGAAGCAUUACGGAGUAGCUUUAUUAUUGUUUUGGGUGAUUUUUAUUUACAAAUUCUUGGAGUUCCAUUUCCUUGACACACUCUUCCGCGGAUCUCCGGUGUCUCUAACCUACAAUUCUGCAUCCGAGAUCUACCAUGGCGUCGCUUCAAAGUGUCGCCUUCUCCAUGGCAGGUACAUGCCUACUCCUUGGCUCUCAAGCCCUCACAUUCAAACAGCAUUUUUGAACUUCCAUGGGCGUCCUCCUCUAGUAGAUUAUACAAGAAAAUUAUUUCAUGCAUCUGAUGGUGGUACCUUUGCUCUGGAUUGGCUAAAGAGUUGUGAUGUCUUGGGAGGUUCAACAUAUGGAGAUGAUGAAACUCCAAUCGUUAUUGUAAUCCCUGGAUUAACAAGUGAUUCCUCUUCAGCUUACCUGAAGCAUCUUGCCUUCUCCACGGCAAAGCGAGGAUGGAAUGUUGUUAUUUGUAAUCACCGGGGACUUGGAGGAAUAUCUAUUACUUCAGAUUGCUUCUAUAAUGCGGGGUGGACAAAUGACCUACGUGAUGUCAUCAAACAGCUUCAUCAGGAGUAUCCGAAUGCACCUCUUUUUGCAGUUGGGACUAGCAUUGGUGCCAACAUUCUGGUGAAGUAUCUUGGAGAAGAUGGGGAAGAUAUUCCUAUUGCUGGAGCUGUUGCUAUCUGCUCUCCUUGGGACCUUUUGAUUGGCUCCAGAUUCAUAUGUCGCAGGACGGUUCAGAAGUUGUAUGAUAGGGCUCUUACUGUUGGUCUUCAAGAGUAUGCACAACUGCAUCAAACACUUUAUUCAAGACUUGGGGAUUGGGACGGUAUUGUUAAGUCACGCACUAUACGGGAUUUUGACAAUUAUGCGACCCGUCUAGUUGGGAAGUUUGAGACUGUGGAUACAUACUACAGGCAUUGUAGCAGUGCUCAGUAUGUGACGAAAGUGAAAAUUCCGUUACUAUGUAUAAGUUCUUUAGAUGACCCUGUCUGUACUUGGGAGGCGAUUCCCUGGGAUGAGUGCAGAGCAAAUAAGAACAUUGUGUUGGCUGUGGCACGGCAUGGUGGACAUCUUGCUUUCUUUGAGGGUCUUACUGGAUCUAGUUUAUGGUGGGUGAGAGCUGUGAAUGAGUUCCUUGGUGUUCUGCACAGCAGCCCCUUAAUGCAUAAACAAAAGAAGAAUCCUCCACAUUCAGUAGAAGAAGACUCUUCUUGCGUUGAUCAAGGCCCGUAUGUUAAUGUUUCAAAUGGAAUGGUGGCUGCCAUCAGCAAGCAUGGAAGUGAUGAUGAUGAUGAUGAUUUAUCAGUUGCACGGGAACAUGCACUCGCUCCUCCUAAUACAAAGGCCUUAGAUCUGUUGAAAUGGUUGAGUCAAGUGUUUCUUCAAACUAGAAGAUCAACAUGGGUGCUGUCAGCAUUGCCAUUGCUUGGUGUAGCCCUCCACUUCUUCCUUAUCAAGAAAUUCAACAAGUUUCUACUUCCAAAACUACUCAAGUAAUUCAUUUUAUGUACAACCUCACCGAUUUCGAUAUAUUAUUUCCUCAAUGGUAUGGUGAGUAAAUCAAUUGUUGCCUAGCAAAAUACACCCAUCCUGAUGGUCACUUUAAUAAUAAUCCAAACCCAAAUUUUAUGAUACGUAAAAUAAAUGAUAAUACUUUGAA